AUGAAGACUGAAGAUGACAUUGAUUUUCAACUUUUUCCUCCCUCAAUCCUUCCCACAUGUUCAGAGUAUGGUGACACAUUACAGGGAUCUAUGGAACAACUUGCAAAAGGUCUGGAAACCGGAGUUGUACUCAUUCAAUUCGAGGUAAUCCAUAAUAUUGAUUUAGUUUGUUUAUACUCUGUUUUGGUAUUGAAGUGGUUAAUGUCAAGAGCGUUAACAUCCAGACUCUUUUCAAAGAAAUGAGACGUAACAUGGAUGAUUCUAAUAACGAAAGGACCAGGUUAACAUCACAACUGUGGUGAUAUUAAGGUUGAGGUUGGUGUUUCAUAUGAAUAUCCCUCAUUAGUUUACAAUCAAGGGAUGCUUCUCAAUAGGCAUAUUAUCAACAAAUGAAUGGUUAGCCGAAAUACAUGAGUUGUAGACUUCUGUAGUCUCUCCUUUGGUCAUUACAUAAAAAUAGAAAAUGUGUUAAUUCUGGAAUAGUGUUAUGUUUGAGAUCCAAAUCCCUUUCCAUGCAUCAACCAGCUCAUAUUUUUUAAGCUGUUCAGUCAUGUUUUUGCCAGUAGCAAAUGGGGGAAAGGUGAAAUUUCUUCAUUUGGAUCAGUCAUGUAAGAAUGUGUCUAAAUCCAAAUUUUUUGGAUCGUCUCUAGCUGAAAAACUUUGGCAAUUGGCAAUUUAAACAUGACAUGAAGAGACCUAUUUAUAACUGUCCCCAAAUCUGAUUGAUUUAUUGGAAUAAUGGUUCAUGAAGUUUCCAAUCACUCCAGUUCCAUUCUGCUAUUGCAUUACACAGACCUGUUAAAUAUUCUGCCUUUCAGGCUAUGCCUCAGUCUAUACAAAAUUAUCAAAAAUCCUUGGGCAAAUUUGCUAGGUCCUUGGAUGUCAUGCCCCAUAGGUGAUUUAUGUAUUGGACUGUUAAAAUGUUGUCCAUACAUAGUAAAAUGCAACAGUUGAUUUUAUUUUUCACCAGACUACUUAAAGCAAAUGUUUCGGCUAAUAAUUCCAGACACUUGCAUCAGAUUCUAUGGUGAUGUCUGAGGUUGAUCUGAAUAUGGCUUUCCCACUCCAUGCAUCCACAUGAUCCAUCCACCCAAAUAAAUUUGUACUGAAUACGAAAAGUCCUUGUUGGAGAUAUCUCACUGUCAUCUGAUGAGCUCCAAUAGGGAUCUCCAUGGAUGUCAUGAAGGGGAAAAUGUGAUCUGUUUGGAAUAAUUGGGGUUGAUUCUUCCUCUUGUUGAUGAAUAAAAACCUUUGUGUCCUUGUUUGGAUUUAUAAACAUGGCCACAAAGGUGGACCCAACUGCUUCCGACCUUCCCAAAAUUGCAAUGUGAAAAACUUUUUUUUUUCUUUUAAAAGUGGAACUGUUGUACUUUAUCUAAUGAAGAAAAUACUCUCAUAUAAUUUCCAAUAUGUUUAAUAAAGUCUUCACCAAACAACCUGCAGAGUUUCCUUGUUCUUCAGUGCAUUAACUGCAGGGGAUGUUUAACUAGAACUGCCCAUCUCCUUUCAGAAGCAAGUGCAAGAUUUUCACUGAUAAAUAAAGAAAUGACUAGUUGGAUCCAUCCUCUCAGAAUAUGGGUGUCUACUUGUUAUCCCAGUUUAAUGGCAUUUUCAGAUAGAUUAAAAUUGGGGCCAGUCUGAUCCAUUAGUCUGUACUGUCAACUCUUCAAAGAUCUAAAGACCUUUUUUGGGGGGCCCAGCUCCAGAGAGUCAAGCAAGCUUUAUUUGGGAGGGAUGGUUUAGAACCCUGUUUGUCCUUAUUUUAUUAUGAGCAACCUUAUCAAGGGGUUUUCACUGUUGCACGUGCAUGCGAUGGCUCGUGCACGCAAGUGCACGUCUGGAGCUGAGCAGUAGUCUGAGGUCUGCGAGAGAGGGGAAGGUUGGCAUGCUGAAGUAGAGCGUGCCUGCCACUUCCGUUAGCUCUGGGGAGCUAACGGAAGUAGGAAGGAAUCCUCCCUGUCUGUUUGACAACCAGGGGGGAGUUCCCUAGGUAAUUUAUGAAAGUGCUGUUUUCUCAUAGAAAUCAUUUGAACUUGGGUACUCCUCACCCAUAAAACAUUUUAGUAAGCUGAAGUGCUUUUGGGGUGUGGAGUUGUCCUUUAACACCAAUCUGCAACAAAUGUUUAUACCUCUGCACACCAGGGUGUGCUACCCAUAGUGGCAAAGUGCUACCCAUAGUGGCAAAAACAAAGAAUAGGGUUAUUAACACUGUUUUUUAUGUGACUUCACGCCCUACUGAAGAUAUACUCAUUUUCCUGUUCAUCUCUAUUAUUUCAUUUUAAGCAAUCCCCACAGCCCCCCUCUGUUUAUUUUUUUUACAUGUUCCAUCCCCCUUUAAAUGAAGUCUGCGUGGACAGCAACAACAGCUGUUGCUAGUUUUUAAUUUUAGAGAGCAGAUGCUACUGCUGGCUUCCUACUGUUUAGAAAACAUACAUGUAUUAUACCUCCCUUAUACUAAUAUGGGGGAAUCAUAUUAACCCCCAUAGGCUUAUUUCAAUUUAUUUAUUUUAAAAAAAUACUAACACGGUAGGUAAAUUGUUUGCGAUGCACGUUUUAUGGCGGUUUUAUCUCGGUCUACUAACACUUUUAUUGAGUGUGGCUGCUUUAAUAUUGUCUGGCAUUAGAUCUAGCUGAAGUUCCAAAAUAUUGGAUUAAAACAGUCGACAAUUAUUUAUUAUUAUCAGCCAAUAGAGUUAAACUGAGGCCAUUGUAUCUAACAACUGCGUGCUGGAGUGUCAGUUUAAGCAAAACAAAAGCUAGAAAUGUCUAGCCAUUUUAAAACUUUGGUGUGUAAAAAACAAAACAUUCAUUUAUUGUAAGCGGUGUAUAAUGUUAAUGAUCUUACAAUGUUUUACUACUUAUUAUUAUUAUUAUUAUUAUUGAAUUUUGUGUAUUCCAGCAAUUAUAUCGAAAAAAGCCUGGGCUUGCUAUUACCUGCGCUAGAACGGGUCAAAAUAUGGAGAAAAAUAGAUACAAAGAUGUUUUACCUUGUGAGUAUUUAUUUAACUAAAAAUGUGUGGCUUUCUAUAGAAUGUUGAUAAAUGUGUAUUAUAUUUUCAAAAAUAAACUUCUGUAGUUUGACAUCAUUGUCCUAAAGGGUCACAGCCAAUGCAGCUCAAUGUAAUGGUUAUGCUACCUAGAAUGCUCUGGCACAUCUCUUAAUUUAAUAUCAAACACUUGAAAAAACUAUUUUAUAUAAACCAGAGCUUUUACAGCUCCCAGGAACCCCCAGUCACACUGAUAAUGUAGAAUUAACACUUCUGCAUUAUUGGUGUCCAUUUUGUCAAACUUGAAUGAUAGUCAUUGGCUGAGAGUGCCGGGUGUGGGUUGGCCUACAGAAUAAAAUCAAUUACUCUAGUGGUUAUGGUGCUUAGAGUGCCCCGUUAAAGUUGAUAACAGAAAGUGUACAUACUCACUAUAUCGGAAAGCAGCUGGCUGCUAGGGUUCUAAUCCGUGAAAAUAAAAACUGCCUUGCCAUACCCUGAUGGGCUUGGCUGAGAGAACAAGCAUUUACCAACAUUUGUAACAAAUUGUUAUUAAAAUGUUUGGAUAAUGGCCAUUUUUGUAUAUGACUGAUUCAGGUCACUGUGAAAUGUAGGCCGUCACAUGAAACAGGAGUAUUGUGUAAAGUACACUUACUAUAGGGCAGAAAUAGACAAACUCUUACAUAUCUCAUCAGCUUGAGAAGGGAGAUUAGUGUAUGGUAGUUGUUUUUGUUUUUUUUUACGUUUGCAUUGUAACUAAAUUGUAAAAUGUAGGCUAAAAUAAUAAACAAGUUGUGAUUAUAGCAAAGAUGGAGAAUUUUUCAAAUCCUGUUUUUAUUGCCUAAUUUUUUACAGUAAAUUAUAAUUUGAUAUUUAAUGAAUACACCCAAUGGAACCUUUAUGGAAGAGCUUGUUAUGUAAGAUAGAACUUUACUAGUUAAUAUCUAAGAUAUAAAUCACAAACCAAUUGGAAUUAAAACCACACAAAUUGCAAAUAACUGUCCGAUCACUCACUGAAAGCAAUAAAUGAAUGUGAAGUUGUGCUAAGAGAAAACUAGUGACUCUGCAUUAACUUUAAGCAGAAUCGUUUUCUCCAUAUGAAAGUCUUAUGUACUUUAUUUUUUACCCAGUGAUAAAAAAAAACAAAAAAACAUUUGGACAGUAUUUACCAUUCACUUUUAUUGGCUGCCGGGAAUAAUUACAGCUGUUUCAGUGCUGUAAAGUAAACCUUUCAUUGUCCGUGUAUGUCAGUGCAGAUUUAAUUGAAGGCUAUUUAUUGUUUCCUUCCUGCAGAUGAUGCCACCCGAGUGGUUUUGGAUGGAAGUGAUGACUACAUAAAUGCAAGCUAUGUAAAUGUAAGUAACACACAAUCUUACAACUAAACUGCACUGUGCUGUGUCUUUUAUUAGACACUCUGUUUAACAUUCACUUACCCUGGAAGUUAUCUAGUAGUAUGUUAUUUAUUAUUAUUUAAUGUGAAAUUUAGUGGUUAUAGAAGAAGGUAGUGAUAUAAACAUGAUUUAAAGGGUUACUCCAACCAUUAUAACCACUACAGCCUGCUCUGCUGGUCGUGAUGAUAGGAAUACCCUUGCCCAGGUUUCUGGUAACGGGACAAAAUGUUUUGUAACAGUUUCCCCUCCUACCUGGAUACUGCAAGGUUUCUGGGUUUUUUUUGUUUUUUUUUAUUGGAAGGCUUACGACAUCCAGCUUCUGAAGAAGCCAGAUGCUGAUCCUGAUGCUCAUUGGUUGAAAGCAUCAGAGUCUUUGCAUUGAAGUAUGAAAAGAAUUGACUAUAGCCAGCCCAGAUCUUGUUCCAGGCUGGCUACUUAUACCCUAAUGAUGCUGCCAGAAGUGGAGUUGGGCCCCAGCAGCCAAGGGGUUAAACUCUGUAUAGGCAUAGUUUUAUAUUAAAAUGCUAUAUUUCUAUACAGAAUCCAGAAACCAUGGCCACUUUAAAUCACUGAAGUAGUCAUGGUACUUGGAGUAACCAUUUAAAAAAAAUUCAUAAUCAUAUAUUAAUUUCUGUCUUAAAAUUGGAAUACACAAAUUGCUUGUCAACUUAUUUAUAAGAAUUUACCAAGCUUGUUCCCCUAAUAUCCUAAAUUUGCAUUGUUUCCUGACCCAAUCUUUACCAUUGGAUUGCACCUUUUUGUAAGCAGAAUUAUACAUAUCAUUAAAACUUAAUAGCCAAAAGAUGACUGAUCUACAUUUCACAUGAAGCUAGAUAAUUCUAAGUGCAAACUGGUGAUUGUACUCGAGCAGACUUUGUCUACCUUAAAUCAGGGUUAAACUGAACACGUUUUGUGGCAGGUGUCAUGACACAAAUUCCAGCAUACUGUGAACAGUUUGUAUAGUUGAAUCUAUAAAUACAUUUUUUUAAAGUCUGUUAUUACUUUUAAUUCAGGUCCUGGCCGUCAUCUGUUUCAUUAAUCAUCAAUGCCUGUGAUUUGGCUGCAAAUGUAUAUGGACAUUAUGCAUGAUAUUUAUUUUUUUGUAAGACAGUCAUUCCACUCCUAAGUAUUGCACUGUGGCUAAUGGUGGAGUAACUGGGCCUUUGUUAAAGUGAUUCCAUGGACUAUAACUCCAUUUGUUAUUUCAGAACUCUAGAACCAGUGCUUUAAUAAAAUUUGUCUAAAAACAUCUUAUAACCCAAUGUACGUCUUAAUUUAAUACUGGAUACAUUUUCCAAAUGAUUUAAUAUUUUUGGAAAUACUUUAAAAUUAUUUAAUAUUAUACAAAAAUAUUCUGUCAUAUAAAAAGGUCAUAAAUAUCAAAAUCAAUUUUAUAUAUAUAUGUGUGUAUAUAUAUAUAUAUAUAUAUAUAUAUAUAUUUUUUUUUUUUUUAAUAUAUAUAUUGAAAAAAUAUAUAUAUUAAAAGUGAAUCCAAAAAUAAAUCAUUUGGAAAGCUUUUGGAAACAAUAUUAAAUUCAGGAUGUCAUUUCUAUAAAACCAGAUUCUAAAUGCUUGUCGAGUACAUUAAUAAAUUGAAAAAAAAAAGUUAAUCUAUAUCAUUUUGCUUAAAUUCGCCAACAUGUGAUUAAAAAAAAUAUAUAUAUUUUUUGGGACAGUGUUAAAAUAAAACCUUGCAAUUUGUUAAUUCAAAUUUAAAUUUAUACAGCUACAUAGUAAUCUAGGUUGAAAAAAUGACUCCAUCAAGUUCAACCCGUUAAACCUUUAAUUUCUCACAGAUGGAAAUUCCCUCAUCUGAUAUUAUUAACAAAUAUAUUGCCACUCAAGGACCUCUUCCACAUACCUGUUCACAAUUCUGGCAGAUGGUCUGGGACAAUAGGUUAACAAUGAUCAUCAUGUUAACAACUUUAACGGAACGAGGAAAGGUAGGUAAACAAGAAAAUACAAUGACUUGUAUGUAUGUAUGUGCGUAUAUAAUGUGUCUGUGUGUGUGUGUGUGUAUAUAUGUAUUUUGGCAUCUUGUCUACUGGACUAAUACGGCUAAUCCAAUUUACACUAUAUACACCAAAAAGGUUAUGGUGGGGAAAAAUUGUGAUUGAAAACCCCUUCCACCUGAAGUCUUUUUGUUUAACAUUGUACUAACUAUCCACAGACUUCAGGUGGAAGGGGUUUUCAAUCACAGUUUUUCCCCACCAUAACCUAUUUGGAUUUUGCUUCCCAAGCACUACCAAGCCUCAAUAAGCAAACCAGUAACCAACCUCAUGCUGAUGAGUUCCAUUAACAACGAAACAGCUGUCCAUGAGUGGUUCACUGGUUUUGCAUCUUUUCCUAAAUUUGUGUUCUAAGCAGUUGUAUACUGCAAACACAGAUUAAAAGGAAUCCAUGUUUAAAAUGGAAUGACAUUUGAUUCUUUGUUAAACUAAUUUGCAUAUGCCCACCCAGAAUCCUUUGCGGUUGUAACAUCACUGCAGAUUUGGGAUUUCUGUGGGAAAAGCAAGUCUUAUGGCUUGACUUGUGUGCAGAUUUUUGUUUAACAUUGUAUUAACUAUAUAUAUAUAUAUAUAUAUAUAUAUAUAUAUAUAUAUAUAUACACACACACAUACACACUUACAUUGAUUUGACUGCUUAAUAUUUACGUCUGUCAUUAUUUAAUUUACAAAUUUGCUAAAUAUCUUAAUUGGAUAAGUGUAAAUUAUAAUACAGAAUAGAAAUUGCAAUAUACAAGUAUCCUAACCAUGUCCAUCUCUUCCUAUACAUAUGCUGUAGAUAAUUUAUUAAAUGUAAAUGUGCAAAGUAAAACAUAGUUGAGAGAUAGAGAAGCUAAAAAAAAAAAAAACAUACCAUGGUGUAACUUUUUCUCUAUAAGCAUCCAGACCACUUCAUCUCAAUCACGGUGUUGGAGUGCCAUGUCCAUGUCAUGGCUAUCGUGUUCUGCAGUAAAGGCAAUGCUUACAUUGCAGGGUAGAAAAGUUUCUAGUGGAUGACACACUGACAAAAUAACUGGGUAAUAGAGACCAUUUAAAUGGUGUACGGUGACAUUUUGCUACUUUUUUUCUAUGGAAAAAGAUUGUAUUGGCUGAGAUCAUCACGAUUGAUUGAUCUCGGCCAAGGAAGCAGGCCAACCGCAGAGAGAGCAACACAGAAUGAGAGAAAAGGUGGAAGAGGGGUGAAAGGGCAUCACCUAAAUGUUGUUCAGAAUGUAUAUUUGUAUUCCUAGUGCUCCUUUAAGAAUUAAAUGCUAGUGAGACACUUGCAAAUGUUCCAUAGGGAAUAACCUAAUAGGAGUUAGCCGAAAGAUUAAUAUUCAAUGUUCUCCUCCAGUUACAACCAUCUUUCAGGUUGUAACCAUGUUGUCAUGGACUAGUCAACAGAGAGUUCUCUAACCUCUGUGUUUCUUGCACAAUGCAUUUCAUCAAGAGUGUCAACUUCAUUGAGGGGCCAAAUAUAUAUUCAAAUCACCACAGCACAAUCUAAAAAGUAAAAAGGAGAAAUAGCUUUUUAAUUGGUUUCUCCUGUUACUGACUAAGUAAGCUUUUCAGUGACUUGGUAGUUAUAAUAUCAAAGUUUAAUCUCACUGCUUUUGGAUUGAUGAACAUCACUAUCCUUGCUCCAUUCUUGCACUAAAAUAGCAAUGAACAAUUAUGAACUAUAAAAUUAUAAUUAGUUAAUAUCGGUCUAAUGACUACUUUUUUUUUUCCAAUAGACGAAGUGUCAGCAGUACUGGCCUGAUCCUCCAGAGGUUUCAGAGUAUGGCAACUUUCAGAUACAGUGUCACUCGGAAGACUGUACUAUAGCUUGUGUUUUCAGAGAAAUACUAAUUACAAAUAUUGAGGUAAGUGCUUAUGGUAUUGCCCUUCUCAUUUACAUUUCAAUAUUUUUUUCUGUUUUUAGAAAUAUCAUUUUAAAAUAUUUUUACUACAAUAUUUAUUGCAUAUGUGAGUGUGCCUGUGUACAGUUUAUAUCAUAGUAUUCUUAUAACCAUUCUUCCAAAAUACAUCAUAUUGACAUAAUUCUUUGUUUGUAGCUUUUAAAUCAAAGCUACGAAAAAGCCUUCCCAUUAUCAAAUCCCAUUAAUUUCAACUAAAUCUCUGAGUGAAUUUGUACACCGUUUGUCACUGUUUCUGCUGACUAAUAAUUAAACAAAUACCCAAAAGGUAAUGGGAACACAAAGUUCCCACUUAGCCGAAUUGAAGACAUAGAAACUAAAAAUCCAGUAAUAAAACAAAAAAUUGUUACAAAAUGCCACUGAAAGUCCACAGGAGGUUUAAUCGGCACAAAACAAAAAGUUACAAACAGGGGGAAUGGUCACACCAAACACGUUUCGGACCUACAGGUCCUUAGACAUACAAUUAUUGUAUCUAGCCAAACUGUUACUAGUCAGAAACCCUUAGUGGCAGAUAAUACUCUUUGAAAUCAAUUUCUCAGCGUAUAAAAAGGUUAAUAUGGAGCAACAUGACAAUAAAACAUUAAAUCUUCUCCCUUGAUAUGUAGGAAUUAAUCCACUUACUCCCAAAGUUAAGUUAUGUCAUUUAUAUAGAAAGUCUUAAAAUGAAAUGUUCUCGGAUGUUCACUGAUCUUCAUCUCCCAUGACGACCUGUUCUCACCACUGUCAAACUCAUUCGUAAUAUAAUCUCCCUUUAUUUAUUUUCCAUAAUGGACAUAUUAGUUAUGAAAUAUUUUGUUUUAAUGCAUGUGUUCAUUCUGUAACUAUGUAAACCAAAUGUUACUGUAACUUAUAAACAAAACAAUUCCUUACUUUUUAAGGACUUAGUUAUAUUGAAGGAUGGCAAUAGUGCAGAUAACAAUGGCAUGUCUAUGCAUUUAAAAUAACAAUAGUUCAUAAAUAGCACAUGGUGGUAUAGUGUUAUAAAAAAAUCUAAAUGCUUCCUGUCUGUGGAAUGCACCAGGAAAGUGGUCUGGGUGACUAUAGUGUCCCUUUAAGUCUACUACAAUUUGUAGACAAAACCUAUAAGAUAAUGUUGCAGAACAAGAGAUGUAUUACUACUUUAAUUGUAUGUGUCACAGUAUGCAAUACAGUUUAUUGGCUUAAAAAUAGAGUACAAAGAGUUGUCAUUAAUGGUACAUUUUCAAGCUGGACAAAGGUGGCAAGUGGUGUCUGUUCUGGGACCCCUUCUAUUUAACAUGUUUAUAAAUGAUCUUGAAAAAAGCAUUGAAAGUCAUGUUUCAGUGUUUGUAGAUGACACAAAACUGUAAUGUAAUACAAUGUUAGCAAGAUAUUACUUUGCUGCAGAGGGAUUUAGAUAGACUGGGGGACUUGGCACUCAAAUGGCAGAUGAAAUUUAAUGUUGAAAAAUGCAAAGUUAUGCACUUAGGUGUGAAGAAUGCACAAGCAAUGUAUACCCUUAAUGGAAGCAAAUUAGUGAUAACAACACACGAAAAUGACUUGGGAAUUGUUAUAGACAACAAACUAUGCAACAAUGUGCAAUGUCAAUCAGCAGUGGCUAAGGCCAGUAAGGUAUUCUCAUGUAUAAAAAAGGGCAUUCAUUCUCGGGAUGAGAAUAUCAUUUUACCUCUUUAUAAAUCCCUGGUAAGACCACAUAUUGAAUAUGCUGUGCAAUUUUGGGCACCUGUUCUAAAAAAGGAUUUUAUGGCACUAGAAAAAGUGCAGAGGCGGGCUACAGAAUUAAUAAAAGGAAUGGAACAUAUCAGCUAUGAAGAAAGGUUAACAAAUUUAAACCUAUUUAGUUUAGAAAAAUGUCGCCUGAGAGGGGAUAUAAUUACAAAAUACAAAUAUAUUCAGGGCCAAUACAAACCAUUGUGUGGAAAUCUAUUCACAAACCGGCCUUUACAUAGGACACAAGGUCAUGCGUUUAGACUGGAAGAAAGAAGAUUUCGUCUAAGGCAAAGAAAAUGAUUUUUACUGAAAGAACAAUAACGAUGUGGAAUUCUCUGCCUGAAGAAGUGGUUUUACCAGUGUCCAUACAGAUGUUCAAACAGCAACUAGAUGCAUACUUGCAAAAACAGAAUAUUCAAGGAUAUGAUUUUUCAAUGUAGGGUUAUAGCUUCUUGAUCCAAGGAUAAGUCUGACUGCCAUUCUGGGGUCAAGAAGAAAGUUUUUUCCUAGUUUGUUGCAAAAUUGGAAGUGCUGCAAACUGGGGUUUUUUUGCCUUCUUUUGGAUCAACAGCAAAAAACAAAUGUGAGCAAGGCUGAACUUGAUGGACGCAGGUCUCUUUUCAGCUAUGUAACUAUGUAACUAUAUCGCUCUCCAUACAAAUUGUGCAACUAAACAAAGUUGUGUAUGAUUUUUAGUUUUCCAAAUUUCAUUACAGAGGUAUGUACUCAUUACUUUACAGUUGUGAACUUAGCAAAGAUAAACAUUACUGUCAUUUUAUAUCCUGCUGAAAUAUUGUCUGCAAUGUUUUUUGGCUUGUAGUCUUAUUCAAAUAAGAAAAUGUCAUCACUACCACUAACUGCCCAUUAUUGAACCAGACAGGUGAAGAGUUUCCUGUAUCUCAUUUGCAAUAUGUUGCAUGGCCUGACCAUGGAGUUCCUGAUGAUUCAUCUGAUUUCCUGGAGUUUGUGUCAUCUGUAAGACAAAAGCGAAUGAAGAACCAGCCAAUCCUUGUUCACUGCAGGUAGAAUUUCUAAAACGCACAACAUUGUUGGUCUUUGAUUUACAGUCUGUACAGUUGCACUUUACUACAGCUAUGUGUGUUAUGCCACAAUAUAUAUUUUUUUAAUGUCUUAUUUUCUAAAACUAUUGUUCUUGAAUGGAUUACAUUGAUAUAUGGCAAUCUUAGAAGGCAUAGACUUGCAUAAGACAGUGUUCUAAUAAUGAUAUACAGAAGUGGCCAAUAUGUGAUUUGACUUUAUACAAGAGAAAAUUUUGAAAUAUGAAUCCAGCUCAGGAUGGCAAACAUUAUAGAAUGACAUACUGUAGAGCAGUGUUAUCAGAAACUGCUUCCUUUUAAAUUAAUGUGAGUUUUCAGUUGGUGUUCGUCUAGCCAUAUAAUGCAAGCAUAAGCCACUCUUUUUCUUUUUCUCUUUUUAUAGCGCUGGCAUUGGUCGUACAGGUGUCUUAAUAACAAUGGAAACAGCCAUGUGCCUAAUUGAACAAAAUCAACCUGUCUAUCCACUGGAUAUUGUGAGGCAAAUGCGAGACCAGCGUGCAAUGAUGAUCCAGACAUCGGUAUGUUACAGAUGUGUGCAUGAGACCUAUAUGUGUGAAUUGAGUCUUUUAAAUAUCCCAAAUAUGCAAGCAUAGGUACCUAUUUAUAUAUAAAAUCAGAGGUAGGAGCAAUGUUUGUGCUUGCUGAAGGUUUAGAAUUCCAUUCAUAUGGUUAGAAUAGAACAGUAUAUGUUAUAAUUGUAAUCAGUCCUUUAGAACAGUGGUCUCCAAUCUCAGUCCUUAACACACUGCAACAUCCAGGGUUUAGACAUUUCCCAUUUGUGUUCCAAUGGGCAUACUAACAAAACCUGGCUGUUGUGUGUACCUUGGGGAUUGAGUUGGAAAGAAAUGGUUACUGAGAGUUCACUGUACAUUCUGUAUCUGUAUGAUAUUUAGUUCCAACAUGGGAGAGAGAGUUAAGUUGUCAAACUAUGCAAUAUCACACAAACUGUAACAGUAUAUUAAAGAGAUAAAAUUAUAGUGUAUACAUUGGGAUAGCCGGCUGCUAGUAAGCGUAUACACUGGCAGAUAUGUUCUAAUUAAACUUGAUAUCCCGUUGCAGGAUUCUGAUGUGGUGUAUCUGCAUGAAAGUGUUGUAUUAUUAUGCAGAUAACACAGCAUCCAUUGCAAUCUCUUCUGAGAAAGUAUUACAUAACAUAAUUACUUUAAGGUGAUUAGUUCUAGAACUGUUGUGGAUCAGUGUUUUUAUGGAAAAGAACAUUCAUUUAAAAAAAAGUUCAGUUCUGCAGAACUUUUGUUAAAGUAGAUUUCGGUUACUGUUUUUUUAAUCAAAAUAUUAUUCACUAAAGUGAAAAUUCAAAGUGAAUUUCAGAUUUUUAGGCAAAAGUAGAACUGGAAUCACAUCUUGCUUAGCUAAUAUUUCCAACUCAACUAUUUUCAAUUUAAAUUUGAAAUUUACUUUGAAUUCUCACUUUAGUGAAUAACCCUGAAAUUGGUCAGUGACAGCCUAAGUAGGGAAAAACGAGAGAUUCUGAUUUCCUGUGAAAUGGCUUUGCUUAAUAUAAGUUGUGAUUGAACCAAAAAUGUUUUACAAAAAGCUCCACCUCCUACUAAUGUUCAUGGGAUGGAGGGGAAUAAAUAGCCGUGUGGGGAUCUAGUAAUUAAAAUCACACCUGUGUCAUUUAGUGUUGGGUAGAUGUAGAUGUAAUGUUUAUGAUGAAUAGGCGUUAUCUGAAUUGCAGAACAAAGGAUGCUCAAUACACUGUUUUUAUUUCAUUACUAUUUACGUUAGGGCUAGAGAGAACCUCGCAAUCAUGAGCUCCACUAUUUACGUGUUUACUCCAAAGUGUAUUGAUUCUUCUUUUUGUAUUGCUCCUUAUCGUCUAUAAUUUUUUUUUUUUUGUCUUACUUCAACAGAGUCAGUAUAAGUUUGUUUGUGAAGCCAUUCUCCGUGUUUAUAAAGACGGAUUAAUUAAGCCGUUGCAUUGCAGUUAACGCAUUCACUCAUGUAAAGUUGAAUGAGGUCCCUACGCAACAAUAGAGCGACAUGUCUGAAACAUCAACAUGGGAAACAAGCACAUCUGUGGCACUUUAAAUUUCUGUAAAAGAUUUUUAAGUUCUGUACAUAAAGGUUGUGUAUAUAAUAUGUCAUGUAUAUCUGUUUUAGAGAGUUGUAUAAAAUCAGUUAGCACAUAUUGUACACAUAAAAUGAAAAAAUCAUGGAAACGGAACAUUAGGUAAUUUCUUGCUUUGCCUUAGACAUGAUUUUAUUGGGAUAAUAUAAUUUUUCCACAUGGUUCAUGUUCUGUUCGUAUUGAGAAUAUAUUUACUAUUUUUAGAAUGUAUGUGGAAAACAGAAUACAGUAAUGUAUUAGUUGGUUGUAGCACAUAUUUUUACAAAAACCGUGCCAUGCAAUAAUACUUAAUUGUAACAUGAUAUACUUUGAAAGUACAAAAUCCGUCUUUUAUAAGCUAUGUAUUACUAGAGGGCAAAUUAAUUUAUUUAGUGAUGAUUUGACAGCACAAUUUACGCUGCAGCAAUAGUUUGGUUCAUUUUUUUAUGGCCUCAGCCUUUAAUUGAACACAAUGAUAAGAAUGUUAGGACUGGUAUAGGUCCAUGUGAAACCGUAGUCAUUGUCAAUGUUUAAUGAUAUAUGUCUGCAUUCCCAUUAGUAUAUUUAGUUUUCUCUUAUUUUUCAUUAUGUAGGGGAACAUAGAUAUUACAAAAUGUGGAAGGUUGACUUCAUCAGAUGCAAUCUAUGAUCAGUAACUUCAAAUACAAACAAAUAUAUAUAUAUAUAUAUAAUGUUCACAUGCUCUAAAGGUAUGUAAUUAAAAUCACAAUUUAUUAACGUAGGCAUUUAUGAAGAUUAUGUAUACACGCAAACUAAAAAAGUGAAAAAUACCACCAGGUAGGGGUCGACGUAUUAAAAAAACAAAACAAAAAAAAGUACACUUAACUGUAUCCCAAAUAACUCUAUUUGUGUUCUGGAAAUAUUCAUUCACUUGUGGCACAGUAUUAACUGGAAACAGAAAUUAUGCUGAUUAAAAAAGAAAAAGGCUUUAUAAAGCCUGUGUAAGGGUUCUUCAUGUUUUUGGAGAGGCCUGUAAAAUAGUUUAUUAUCCACUUUGGACUUAUUUGAAAUUUUUUUGGAGCUACAUAUAGUCCAUCACAUCUGAUAUCUAAAUGAUAAUUUAAAAAGUGACAAAAACCUACUCUGCAGCGCAAGUUACGUGAAACAAAAAAAAACUAAUCUGAU